AUGGCAGAAGCACUGCUAACUGCUCUCUCGAAAAUUGGUACCGUUUUAGGAGAUGAAGUCAUCAAAUUCGUCAUCGCUGAAGCAUCUAAAAAGGCAACUAAUCUGAGGGAGCUACCAGAAAAUAUAAGGCACAUUGAGAGAGAAUUGAAUAUGAUGAGAAAUGUAAUACAAGAUUUGGAUACCACAAAUCUCAGCAUCAAUGUGGUCAAGGGAUGGAUUGGGGAGCUGAGAAAGGUGGCCUUCCAUGUGGAAGAUGUAAUGGAUAAAUACUCAUAUCACGCUUUUAAGCUGCAGGAAGAAGGAUCGCUGAUGUGGUUCAUCAAAGGAGCACAAAAUGCCAAAAUUUUCAGUGAUAUUGCUGAUGAGGUGGUUCGUAUAAAGGGUGAGAUUGAGCAAGUAAAACAACUGCAGAAGGACUAUUUCCCUGCUCUCCAAGUUCCAGCAAGCCCUGUAAUUGUUCGACAUGGAUCCCAAACCUUCUUGCCAGAGCUUAUUCAAGAUGAAGAUCUCGUGGGGAUUGCAUUGAAUCAGGCAAAGUUGAUUGGAUGGCUUCAUAGCAAUGAGCCAAACAACAAAGUGAUAACGGUGUCGGGUAUGGGUGGAUUGGGAAAGACCACUCUGGUCAUGAAUGUUUAUGAGCGUAUGAAGAGCGAGUUCCCUGUCAAUGCCCGGAUCACUGUGUCACAGACCUACACAAUAGUUGGUUUGCUGAGAGAACUACUCAGAGAGAUUGGGAAGGACACAUAUAAGCCAUCAGAUAGCAUCGAAAGUAUGGAUGCCUACAAGCUGAGAGAAGAAAUUAAGAAUGUCCUAGGUACCAGAAAAUGUUUGUUUGUCUUGGAUGAUGUUUGGAACAUGGAAGUGUACCAUCAAAUGAUGGAAGACAUUUUCAAUACUCUUCGAGCAAGCUGUGUCAUCAUCACAACACGGAGAGAAGACGUUGCAUCUCUUGCAUCUUCAGGAUGCCAUCUUCAGCUCCAGCCUUUGGGACGUUCCCAUGCACUCGAGCUCUUCUGUAGAAGAGCCUUUAAAAACACGGCUGAGUGUCCCCAAGAGCUUGAGGAUGUGGCUGCUUCCAUAGUAGAAAGGUGUAAGGGCUUGCCAUUGGCACUUAUAUCUAUGGGCAGCCUCAUGUCCUCCAAGAAACCAACUAAACAUGCCUGGAAUCAAAUGUACAAUCAGUUCCGGGUUGAGCUAGCUAAACCAGACAAUGUGCAGGCAAUUUUGAAGCUUAGCUACAAUGAUUUACCAGGGAACCUCAGAAAUUGUUUCCUAUACUGCAGCCUAUUUCCAGAAGAUUGCAUCAUGUCGAGAGAGAGCCUUGUCAGGCAGUGGGUUGCUGAAGGAUUUGCAGUGACCAACGAAAACAACACACUGGAGGAUGUGGCUGAACUAAUUCUGGUGGAGCUCAUUACUAGGAAUUUGCUGCAAGUUGAAGAGUAUGAUGAGCUUGGUAGGGUGAACACAUGUAAGAUGCAUGACAUUGUGCGUGACCUGGCUCUUUCAAUAGCUAGAGAUGAAAAGUUUGGCUCUGCGAGCGAUCAGGCUGCAGUGAUAAAUAUGGACUGGGAAGUGCGCCGACUAUCAUUGUGUGGAUGGAAUGGAAGUGAUGCACCAAGAGUGAAAUUUCCACACCUUCGCACUGUAUUUUCACUUGAUGGUGUUACAUCCGCUCACAUGCUAGCCUCAAUCUUUUCUGAGUCAAGCUACCUUACUGUUCUUGAGCUACAAGAUUCUGGGAUAACCGAAGUGCCACAAUCUAUAGGGAAUCUGUUUAAUCUAUGUUACAUUGGCUUGCGGCGCACAGGAGUCAAGUCGCUCCCAGAGUGUAUUGAGAAGCUAUCCAACCUACAGACACUGGACAUCAAGCAAACAAAAAUAGAGAAGCUACCAAGAGGCAUAGUCAAGGUCAAGAAGCUGAGGCAUCUGUUAGCUGACAGAGUGGUGGAUGAGAAGCAGAAAGAUUUCCGGUACUUCACAGGGGUACAGCCACCCAAGGACCUCUCUAACUUGGUGGAACUUCAAACUCUGGAGACUGUGGAAGCAACAAAUGACUUGGCAGGCCAAUUGGACAACCUCAGAAAACUAAAAAGCGUGUGGGUUUGCAAAGUUACUGCCAUCCAUUCUGCAGAUCUUUUUCCUGCAGUAUCUAAGCUGCCACUUCUUGCCUGUUUGCUUCUUAAUGCAAGUGAUGAGGACCAGACACUGCACUUGGAAACUCUCAACCCACAGUCCAAGCAGUUCCACAGGUUGAUCGUCAGGGGCCGCUGGGCUGCCGGAACACUGCAGUGCCCAAUAUUUCAAGGCCAUGGGAAAAACCUCAAGUAUCUAGCUCUAAGCUGGUCUGGUCUUCAGGAAGACCCGCUACUGCUUAUUGCUCCACAUGUACCAAACCUCACCUAUCUGAGUCUUAACAGGGUGAGCAGCACAGAGACAAUGGUUAUUUCUGAAGGGUCCUUUCCACAGCUAAAGACACUAAUACUGAAGAACAUGCUCAAUGUCAAGCAGUUGACAGUUGGGAAGGAUGCUCUUCCAAAUAUUGAAGGUUUAUAUAUUGUGGCGCUGCCGAAACUGAAUAAGGUUCCUCAAGGAUUUGAAUCCCUUGUGUCUUUAAGGAAGCUGUGGUUACUGUCUCUGCAUAAGGAUUUCAAAAUCCUGUGGGAGCUAAGUAGAAUGCGCCAGAAGAUGCCAGAAGUGGUGGAGGUUCGCGUCGAGUGA